GGACAAUUUGAUUUAUUGCUCUGUCAGGACCUCUUGCAGCAUGCCUCCUUAUUCAGACAGCGUGCACACGCUCCAGCGAUAUACACUAACAUCUCUACUGGUAACAGACUAUUGCAUGACACAGGAAACAUGCUGCUCUCUCCAUGGCAUCCUAUUACCAUGGCCUUUGUCUGCGGUCUUAUAUCUGUAGCAUCCUCCGGAGUGAUGGACAGUGAAACAGGUAAGUGUCUCUGUAUGUGCAAACAUCCCUGAUGGCUUGGGCGAGCUGUGCCCUUGACUCUCCGAAGGUGAACAUUUCAAGUAAUGAAAGCUGAUGUGGAAGAACGCAGCAGUAUUGCAGGCAGUACAAGUCACAGAGAACCAGUAUAGAAUAACAAGUGACAAGAUGUUGUUUUCUAAAGCUAUUUCACUGUUUGGAAAAACAAACGCAUUCCUCCAACAGAAGUUGCGAAGGGAUAUAAAGAAAUAAAUUAAAAGUAGAAGAGAAAUUGUCUACAUAUUGUAAUGGGACGUAUGAAGAACAGCUAAAAGUAGAAUACAAGGUCUAUGCAUCUUAAUGGGGUAAUAUUUAGAUUGAUUAUGUAGACAGAGUAAAAUAUUUAUGUACCUUUUACAAAACUAUGUAUAAAAUACAUACAUAUUACAGAUAUCACCUUCCAUUCACUUUUAUGUUCUCCCACUCUCAUCAUCUCUUCUCUAUGUCUUCAUUUUUGUAUUCGUUCCACUCUAUCCCCAUCACCUUCCUUGUUUCUCAAUAAUAUUAUCCUUUCUUAUUUAUUUAUUUUUGCUUUCCUUUCUCCCUUUCUCUGUUUUUACAUCUCUCUCCUUUCCGCUGUCUCCCUCUCUCAUUAUAUUCACCUCUCCAUUUUUUUCUGCCUGUAAGUUCUCCUGUAUAGCAAGCACACCCACUUCGUCAGUAUACAGGAACCUACCACUGAGAAUACAUUGAUCUAGGUAUCACAUGACAGAUGGCAAAUUAGAGUGUUUUUUUGUUUUUUUUUAUGUUCCAAAUUCAGGGAAAAGUGCUAAAUGUUGCGAGGCAUUCUUUUUGGUUUCCAUCAUGAUUGUAGCCUAUUUAGCAUCUUUAUCCUAGAAUAGCACCAAGUUUGUUUCCUUGAUAAAUAUGACCUCUUAGUUGUUUAAUUAAUGUAUUUUAAAUAUGAAAUGAAAAUAUAACAUCAUCCAUUUUAUUCCUAUGAAGAUGAGAUUAUUAUUCAUAGAAACAUAGAAUGUGAUGGCAGAUAAGAGCCAUUCGGCCCAUUUAGUCCGUCCCAUUUUCUUAAUACUUGCAUUAGUCUCUUAUGUCUAGGAUUGCCUUAUGCCUAUCCCACGCAUGCUUAAACUCCCUCACUGUGUUAACCUCUACCACCUCAGCUGGAAGGCUAUUCCAUGCAACCACUACUCUCUCGGUAAAGUAAUACUUCCUGAUAUUAUUUUAAACCUUUUGUCCCUCUAAUUUAAGACAAUUCCUUUUUGUUGUGGUAGUUUUCCAUGUUCUAUAUUGCAGUCUUGUUAAAAACAUAGCAGUCAUAAUUUCAAGUGUUUAUGUAAAGCACAUGCUCAGCAGGCCAUGGAGUUAAUGCUAUUCUGAGAUAAGCCUAUCUCUGGUACUCAAAUAGCAUUGCUCCCAUAAAUGUCAAUGGUAGAACUGUCUCCAACUGUAACUCACGGAAGAAAAUCUAGGCCAGAAACAUGCAACGUGCCAGUGCUAAAUAUGAGACAAUGGCUGAUAUUUAGUAAGAAAAACAGGUACUGUUCUGGUGCAAAGAGCUAUAUAAGAAGCAAUCACAUAGGAAAGCAACAGAAUGUCUCUCAACAUUAUGCAAUUUGCACCCAAAACAGCACUUGUUUUGCCUGGAUCAAUCUCCCUCUAGUAACCACAGAAUGAAAUAGAUUAGAUAACAUUUUUCUUUCAUAAGUUUGAUCCUGAAAGCUGUAAAGAUUAUUGGAAAGGUUCAGUCAUGAUGUUCAUUCUUGCCUGAUCCAAUAGCAAUGUAUACUGUGCUUGUGCCAUAUUACCAGUGCCAGAUUAAGAGCCCCGUGGGCCUGGUGCUGACAAAUAUGAGGGGCCCAAGUACAGAAUGUUAUCGACCAAAAACACUAAAACAGUCCUACCUCUCAAGCGUUAUAUAUCUGGUGGAGAUGUUGCUGGAUGGAAGCACAUAGGAUGCAGCUAUAAGAAAACUCAGUUUCUCUUAAAAUUAGCUAGUCUCUCUCUAAUUCAUGCUUUCAUCUUUCAAGUAAAUCCAUACCCCCUAACAGCAGUGUAGCAGGAAGUCAAUGGGCGCUGUAAAAGGGUGGGCCACUGACGCAGAUCAUGUAACCAGAACUUCCGAAAGGGAUGAACAUGUCCAAAAAGGAGGCGUGUCUGCCCAAAGAUUCAGAAGGCUAGUCUGACAUGAAUGCAUGUCAGGCUACCCGCCAAUCAUGCAUGCUGGCCAGCAGCAUCCUGAGCUUGGCAUAAUUGCGUCUAAUGAUGCGCUCGCUCCAUGCUUUCUAAAGACUGCCCCCUAGUCUCCUUACCUUCUUACUAGCAGGGAGAAGCUCCUGGCAUACAGUCUGAGACAGAGAAAAGGUGGAUGUAGUGAGUGUAGAGGAAAGGGAAGAUGCCACAGUGUUAGAGAGUCCAAAGUCAGCAUUACCUUAACUAAUUUCAUUUCAGCUAGUCCACACAAGUUUUGUUUCCAUAUAUCCCUCUUAAGUUUCCAUACUUAAGCAAUAGUAUGUGAAGAGUAGUUAGGGUUGCCACCUUUCCUGGAAAAAAAUACAGGCCUUACUAAUUUGCAUAACUUAUUAUGUAUGCGUGACUUGAUGUUAAUCACAAGGAGUGACAUAAGAGAAAAUUCUGUAAAAUCACCAAAAACUACUUACAGUUUGAUUCUGAUGUAUAGAUGGAUUUCUCCCAGUGUCCCAUAGUGUCUGUGUCCCCACGUCUCCCAGUGUCCCCAUUUCACUAAGGGACACUGUGAGACAUGGGGACACUGAGACACUUGGGACACUGGAAGACCUGGGGACACAGACUAUGUAUUACAGUGUCCCUAUGUAUCACAGUGUCUCAGUGCCCCAUGUCACCUAGUGUCUGUGUUACCAUGUCUCCCAGUGUUUCCAUGUCACUAGGGGACACUGAAAGACAUGGGGACACUGAGAUACAUGGGGACACUGAGAGACAUGGGGACACUGAGACAUUAGGGACACUGGGAGACAUGGGGAGACUGAGACACCAGGGGCACAGGCUGGGAGACAUGGGAACACUGAGACACCAGGGACACUGGCUGGGAGACAUGGGGACACUGAGACACUUGGGGACAUUGUGUCCCCAUGUGUCUCAGUGUCCCCAUGUGUCUGUUUCCCCAUGUCUCAGUGUCCUCAAGUGUCACCAUGUGUGUCUGUGUCCCUAAGUGUCUGUGUCAACAUGUCUCCCAGUGUCCCCUAGUGUCUCAUUGUCCCCUAGUGUCUCAGUGUGUCCCCAAGUGUUCCCAUGUGUGUCUGUAUCACCAUGUCUCAGUGUCCCCAUGUGUGUCAGCCACCACCUUCCUUAUUUCUGGCUCUGCCUCCAUGUCGCCGGCCCCUACAUGUGUGAGCUGUGUCAGGCACCCGGUGCCCCUGUGGCAAUGGUACACUUUCCAAUAGAAUGAAUCAUAUUUCACAUAGCAGGUCUACUAUUUCAAUAGUAAAUGUAGAGACUAAGAGAUAUUUUUUUUGAAAAUUAUAUUUUAUUCAAAUAUUCCGUGGUCAAGGAAACGUAGGAUAGAAGAGGAGCACGCAGGCUCUGAAAAGGAGAUUCAGCAUUACAACAUUUCUUCUGGAUAUACAAUUAAGGGUUGCAAUUGAACAUAAACAGUUUUACAGGAAAAAUAUACCACAGCAUAGUUACAUUGUGGAUCAUUGUGGAUCCCACUACUUUUGAGAGAGCAGUUAAUAUUUCCCCUGUUUGCGUAGGCAUCAGGUGUGGGUUGCGCAACUUGAUUUUGAGGUCUCCCCCAUUGAAACAGCUUGGUUCCCCUUGAACGUAGUUUCAGUAGGAUCGGGGUUUAUCGCAUCACUAACUGCCCUACCAGUGGUAGUUGGUGCAUAUUGUUACAAGUUUUAGAGUAAGUUUUCAAGCCGUUGGGUCGAAUUGCACAAAACAAACAAACAAAAACAAGUCAAAAGAAGUCAAGGUGAAUAGGGGAAGGGGUAUGAGAGUGAGAUCAGGAAAGAGAGAGAUGGGAGGGCACUAAGGAAAUUGUUAAAGUGUGUGUUGCAGGUUAGUGUAUAGUGGAACCUGGAGCGGAGUCCCCACCCCAGUCUCUCCAGUGACCCUGCUGCCUCCUGCCCUGUCUGCCAUGUAGAGAAACCAUGGGCGCCAUCGGUCUGCAUGUUUUUCACUUGUGCCCCAAAGCACCGCCUGGACGGCCUCCGCCGCCUGAAUAUCUUCCACUUGUUCCAGCCACUGUUCCCUGCUGGGGAUCAAGUUUUGUUUCAAAUAGACUGGGAUUAACGACUUAGUCGCAUUGAGGUGGUGUCUAACAAUGGACUUCUUGUAUGUCAGAAUUCUCGUUAAGGUGAGAUGCAAUAAGGCCAAAUCGGCAGGGAGGUGUUGUGGCUUGCCGAGGAUGUCUGUCAGUGUGUCCGGUAUCAUGUCCCAGAAAGGAGUGAUCUUGGGGCAACUCCCCCAGAUUUGUUUGAUCGUCCCUUCUCCCAGGCCGCACCUCCAGCAGAGGGGGGAUGCCUCCGGGAAUAUCCUAUGUAGGAGGGUGGGUGUGCGAUAAUAGCCAGACAGAAGCUUGUAAUUGGUUUCUUGAUGAAGGGGUAUAGGUGGUGAUGAAUGUUGUAGUGGGUGGAAAGAUAAGAGCUGUGAAAAAAAAGUUAAAUAAUGUGUUCUCGCCUCCCUGAGCCUUACCUUUGUCCAUGGAGAGGGAAUCCUUAUACCUGUUGGUCCAGUGGCAGAAUACACUUGUUUACACCGCUGGUGGGUGCAGACAGUCUCACCUCCUCCUUGCCAUGCAAGUGUCUCGAAGAGCUCCCUCUCUGGCCGGCCAUGGAACUGCAGUGGGGUCAGGCUGCCUGCAACACUGAGAGCAGUGCGUGCUGUGCUCAUCUCAUGGCAGAGGCUCUGCUAUUGGAGCCUCUGACGAUUUUUUUCAGCCUACAUGCUGCACUAGACAGGCACAGUGUGAGACAACCUGGAGGGUCUUUGAUAAGGCCCCUGGGCUGUCUCUCAGUGUGCUACGAAGCUCUCUGCUGCGGCCAACCAAGAGGGGAACUUAUUUAAUAACAGGGGCCCACAGUAGGUCGUGAGGGCCCCUCACUAAGUGCAGGCUGGCUGGUCCAUGACCGAAAUGCCCAAGUGCUCAGUCCGCCCCUGAUGCUAACAGAAGAAUAGAAAACAAAAAACAGGGACAUAAAGCAAGAAUAAGAUACCACUGGAAGUGUGGCUAAUAAGAAUGAGUGGAUUACAGUUCGGUUGUGAGGCUGGUAAAUAUUCUGCUCAGUGUUCCCUCCCUAUGCCACACAUAGGCUUCUGCAAAGUGUCUUUGGGAGGACUGAUUGCUCCAUCUGGGGUCUCAUUCAACCGAUGCCUGUCAGGGGUACCUCACAUUCCUGCAACAUAUCACAAUGCCGCGGGUCUCUGGGCCCAUGACCAGAGAUGGAGCUGGAGCAGCUUCAGCAGUAUGCCGGUAUGUAGGGAGUUGGCCAGUGGGUAAGUAUAGGCAGCUUUCAGUUCUCUGCAAGAGGUUUAGGCAGGGGUGAGCUUUUGUGGUCUUCCCUCCAGGACUGUGGCUUCAGGCUGUCAGUGUUUUCCGGUGCCGGAAGCAGCCUAAGGCUCUCCAUGUACGUUGUGGAUGCGCUCUCCAGCGGCGGUGUCUAGAGUCAUACUCCUGGUGAUUCUCUUCCCCAGAGGGUGUGCAGUUUUGUCUGCUGCAGCCACCUCGCCUUGCAGGGCCCCCUUCGGCUUCUUUCUGUGGGCGGUUUUAUAUUUUAACAGGAUAUUUAGCAACUUACUGUAUAUCAAAAAAACUUUAGUCAUUUGUAAUUAUUUGUUUUUAUUAUUACAUCUGUCGCAAGGAAUAUUUAUCAGAAAAUAAUCUACGCUGUGUUGUAGUCAAGAUAGUUUAUGACUAUUAGCGCAGGAAACACAUAAGAAGAUUUAUAACGGGAAAACGGUGCACUAAAACUGGGGGGUCUGUGAGUAAAAGGGGAUAUAGGCCUAUUUAAUCUACCUGACAACACAAGCUAUAGAAGUUAGGGUGCAUGAAGUGUUCCAGUAAUAUACUGUGUAUAUAAAUAUGCAAUUUCCCACAGCAAUAGAAGCCAAAAGAAAAACAGUUACUCAAAGGGUUUUCCAUUGAUAUUUUGCAUCUUCUUGUUGAUAUGUAAAUGUUCUUAAAGCUAUGUGGAGAAGUCUUUUAAAAUAUGUUUUGUUUUUUAAUCUUUCUUAAACAAUAAAUCCUAUGAUUUUAAAGAUAUCACCCCGUUCCUUUUGCUUCCUAGAUGUGUAAGACCCUAACAUUCAAAAUACAGGUCAACCAUACCAAAUAGAUAGACUAGAUAGGACAGUUGCAAGUUACUGGUUCUUAGAGCAGCUGAGCUGAAUGUGGUGCUAAAGUAGGUGAAUUAGCCUGUAAGCAAGCAAAGAGUAAACUGGAAUGAACCAAUAUCAAAUAAAAAAUUUAAAACUGUAAAUGUAUUGUGGGCAAAAAAAUAUUAUUGCAAACUUAUACAACUUGCAAUUUUCUUUUAUAUCUUGAAAUAAAUAGUAUAACAAAUAGCACAAAUAGUGCAAGAGAUGGGAAGAUCAGGAUCUUUGUGAUUGCUGGAUCCAAAGUUAUCUACGGACUCUUCAAUUAAUAAGGGAAGCAGAAUCACCAGACUCCAGUAUAACAACAUAAAAAUACCUUCCAAAAUCAGUGCUUUUGUAGAGCAGCAGCAAAUAACUGAUUUUUUUUAACUGUCCUUGAACCAAUGACAAACAGCAAUAAAGUAUUGGACCAUGGCUCUUACUCUCUGCAAAACAGCCCGUGUGUUUUCUGAGCCUAACAUCACGUGAUGCGUUUCGCCCCCUCAACCAGAGGUUUUUUCAAGUCUGGUGAUCCUGCUGUGCUUAUUAAUUGGAGAGUUCACAAAUUACUUUGGAUCCAGUGCUCACAAUGGCUGUUUGAGUGACACAGAGCCGCUCAUAUAAACAUAUAUCGCACUCUUGGAUACCAAUUUGCAGCCUUAUUGUCUAGCAUCAUAAUUGUGACACAGGAAAGUUUGAGAAAGAUGUUGCAUGAAUGAGGAAUCCAGGAAUAGGAAAGGUAUUUAACGUCAGUCAUGAUGCUAGAAUGACGUAUGGUGUAACAUGUAGUAUGGCUACAUGAGAUGGGAAGGACCUGCGGUAACUGUAACAGCUAUAUUGUGGUCUGCAGUAAGAGGAAGAUGCCUACAUAUGUCUGCAAUACAUGUUCUGCUUAGGGAUAGUUGUGUCAUCAGGUUCAGACACAAAGUCAUCCUUGUUAAUACUUGUUUUUUUUUUCCCCAUAGAUCCAGACCCAGCUGCACAGCCUUCUCAAAGAAAAGAUGAAAACAUAUCUAACUACACCGUAAUUAAACACAGUAUAUCUAUCCCCGGUAAAUUGAUUCAUUUUAUAGCAAUUGGCUUAUAUAAUGUAUAAUAUAAUGGUCUGAUCACUCAGAUUCCUGUCUAAAACCCAGUUUUGUAAAUAUGCUCUCUCUCUGUCUGUCUGUCCAUUUGUCCGUACUGAAAACUAUAACCAUAUAAAACUCCUGUGGUGACAAACAUAUAAGUAUGUAUGUUUGUGGGGGCGAGGCCUGAGGGGGGGGCUGGGCCUGACUUGCAAGGCGGUUGGUCGCAUGAGCUCCUGGAGAUCUAUUGCAAUAGGUUUAAUUAACAAUUCUGUGUAGUUAAAUUACCCUGUUGUCCCACUGCAACCAGGGGACUACCAAUCUCAACUUUUGGAACCACAUCGCCCAGUCAGCAUCUCACUAGAUUAAGCCUGAGGCCUAGUUUCGGCCUACUACGCAACACAGAAGUGAGGAAGACGUACAAUCCCUCUAUCCACAAGCAACUGGGAACGUCAUAGUGAGAUACCUCGUUCCCCCCUGCCGGUGAGGGAUAUCCCGGCUGCCACUGGUGCACCUGCCCCGCUGCAUCCUCUGGCUGACCAUGGAUCUGGAGAGUCUGGGCCUACCAACAAAAUGGCCGCAGUGCUGGAUCAUACAACCGCGGGCAUAUUGCCUCAAGCGCACACACGAGGACCCAUUCCUUAAGGCAUUCGAUCUGGUAUGUGCACAGUUCUGGACAAAACUCCAUGAACUGAGACUUAUCUACAUUCCUAUAAUCCAAGCUGUGAUCCUGCAGAACCGACUAGCUUAACAACCUCGCUCUCAUGCUCAUCACCGGCGUGUUCCUGGAGGGAAGCUGAAGGGGAGCAGAAGCGGUGUAACCUCAAGGAGCUGCAGGAGAGGGAGUGGGAACCCUCUACAUGCUAGCCGCAAAUGAGCCCGGCAGAGGAGAUGGGUCAAACACUAUGCUGGUGAAAAACGCCAGAAUCAAACCCCACCUCACCCUAACCCCCCAGCAGAGCAGGGGCCUUUACUGAAGCUUGCUUGGUCCUUUUCCACACAGUGCCCUGACAUGCUGUCUCUCCGAUACGCCUGAUGGCGAUACCCAGCAGUAGCAGCUGGCGGCACUGCGUCACAAGCGGGCAUCUGCUGAUUACCUUCCCUCUCCCAGAGACUCUUACCCACGCAGUUAUGGGAGGACUGUACAGUCUUUGGGGCAGAAGAGACUACCAUGCUCUACCUUUGCAGGGCAUCGGCUGAAUGGAGACCGGGACUUUAUCUCUGGCAUAGCGCUUGCCCAACAUGUAUAAUUCUAGCACCACGCUGAGUAUUUAUUUUGAUCUUUUCAUUAUUGACAUUUCAUGUUCUGACUUCACGUGAGACAGGAGUGACCAUGUCAUAUAACUAACAGCUGCCAUUAUAAUUGUUUUAUGCAGUAGAUUUAGCCUUUGCUUUAUGAUGGUUGAGGUAUGCAGUCCUUUUGCUAUAUUACAUCCUGAUUGAAUAGAUUGCCGGUAUUAUGCUCUAUUAGCAACUAGCUAUCCGUUCAAAACUCCUUUACUACCACUAGCUUGUGAUGCAGUAACCUAUUGUUAAACAGUUUGACUGAAAUCUAUGCCAUUGCUAGCAUCCUGUUUUGUUCUUGUUUUUUUUGUUUUGUUUUUUUACUAUGAAAAACGUCUUAGCGUGUGAUACAGCUUUUACACCCUAAGUAACUUGUAAUGUUAAAGGACCACUCUAGGCACCCAGACCACUUCAGCUUAAUGAAGUGGUCUGGGUGCCUGGUCCAGCUAGGGUUAACCCAUUUUUUAAUAGGUUAAUCCAGCCUCCAGUGGCUGUCUCUUGACAGCCGCUAGAGGCGCUUGCAUGCUUCUCACUGUGAGAAGACGCAAGCGUCCAUAGGAAUGCUUUCCUAUGAGACUGGCUGAAUGCGUGCGCAGCUCCUGCAGCACAUGCACAUUCAGCUGAAGAGGAGGAGAAGAGGCAGAGAGGAGGAGGAGAGCUCCCGCCCGGGCUGGAGAAAGGUAAGAUUUUAACCCCCUCCUCUCCCCAGAGCCCGGCGGGAGGGGGCCCCUGGGGGUGGGGGCACCCUCAGGGCACUAUAGUGCCAGGAAAACGAGUAUGUUUUCCUGGCACUAUAGUGGUCCUUUAAGCUUAAUCAAUUUCAGCAAUGUGCUUAUUAAGCUAGUAAAGCAAGCCUCACUAGCCUGUUUCCUAUCAUUAUAAAAAUAUGCACUGUCUUUCUAUACCAUGUACUUAUAUUUCCAUGUUUGAUAUCUCAUAACUUCACUUUGCUGUUGUGGCAUCGCAAGUAAGAUGGUGCCUACCUAUGUGCAUCGAAAAAUAAAGAAUGUUUAAAAAAAAAAAAAAAGUAUGUAUGUAUGGAUAUAGGUAAAUAAAGAGCAUACUAUACUUUAGUAAUAAAAUUGCUAUAAAACUGCUGCCGUAUUAAAGACACAAAAAAACUGUCCAUUAUUCUCUUUGGAGCUGCUAACCUCUACUCAGCAACUGGCUUCUGACUUAUUCCCAACCCUGUCAUUAGUCAUUACUGGCUGCCACUAACCCAAAACACUUAUCACAAGUGAACCUCUGGGCUUUUAAAGUAGUUAGCAAUAACUAAGUGCCUAUACAUCUUAUGGGAAAAAUACAUAUUAAUUAUAUGGUAUUACAUGGAAAGCCUAGAGCAUUUGAAACCAUAUCAAAGAGUGGUAAAAUAAAUUAAAUGGCUAGACACAUGAUGUGAAAAAUACAAGUAUUCUUUAUAUAAGUAAAGUGCAAGGAAAUUUCCCACAGAGGAUAUGAACCUCAGAAGUUACAUAUUGUGCAUAUGGCAUAGUUCAAAAUCACAAUUUAAUAAAUGUUAUAUUUUGCAGCUAUCUCCUGCUAAGGCCAAUCUCAGGAUGAAGUAACCAUGCUAAAAUUGGGCCUUUGAUAUCGACAAAGUCUGGUGUGGUGAUAACUUAUGCCGGUGCUUUACCAGCAAGUGUUAAUCUGCAACUAACCAGCCUUCGUGAGCAUAAGUCAUUGGUGGCCCUAGCUAACAAAUAGUGUUAAGUCUUGAAACCUGUCAGGAAGUAGCAGCUACUAAAUAACAGCUGUUGUUAAUAAUGACAGCUUGCAACUGUUGGAGACUGCUAUUUAUUAACAAGGAGCUUGAUUUAAGGCCAAUGUUUAGAAUUUUUAGAGCGAGAUACAUGCUACGUGAAAAUGGCACUCACCUAGGCACACCACUUAGCUAAAUCAUGGGUAUACCGGUAACAGCAGUCAGACUGUAACGAAAGGGCGACCUCUUCAAAGUGUAAAACGUGCGCCAAAAAAUAAGUUUCUACCCUGAAACACCAAUCUAAGCCACUUUAUUACACCUAUUUGGUUUAUUCAUUUAGACUUUGUUUACUAAAUGGGGUUUAUUGGUCUUUAUGGAUUAAAUUGCAGUCGCUUUGUGGAUAAAUACAUCAAUUACUCAGUUCAAAUUAUGUGUUUUAUUCAUUUCGCUCAGCUUGCUUUGCUUUUACAACUAUGACAAUAAGACAUUUCUAUUUUCCCUUUUUGUGAGCAGGUUUGACAAAAAAAGUCAUACAGAAAGAAAUAAUUCUUGACAGCCCGGCACAUUUGAAACUGGAGUGUGAGCUGCUUCUUGAUUCAGAAGAAUUGCAGAUAAAUGAUGUGGCCUGGACGUUUGAGAAUACAACAAUAAGCAAAAAUAAAUAUGUCAAUAAUACCACAGAGAAUAAAUGGCAUACGUCAUAUGAGUAAGUGUAGUAAUAUAACUAUUUAACGCUAUUAUGCAGCAUUACUAUGACAUGAGUGACAUAUAUGUAAUUAGAGGAGGCAGCAUAGCAUAUGGGAGCCCCCUAUAUGCUGACUAUAAUGACAGCUAUGGUGGAUGCUGAUGGCAUGGUUGGCAACCCCAUUUUGCCCCUUGAUCCACAGAGGAGGACAAGGUGAGUAUUGUGUCUCUAUAUGGGACUAUCAGAGAGCUCUUUACUCCCCAAUGGUACUUGAUUGAAAGAUUCCUAAGCAUCUACAGUCAGUGCCAACUGUCCCCUUUCCGUCAUAACUGCAAAUGGGAGGUCACUAAAUAGAGCAACAAAAUACCCCCUGGUCUGGGGAAAGGGACAAUGACAAACACACAGAGUGGCUUGGAAAGGGGACAAUGACACAGUCAGAGGGGCUGAGGAAGGGGGAAAACAGACAUGCAAAUUGGCUGUGGGAGAGAGAUAUGCAAAGGGUCAAGGGGGAGAUACUCGCAAAGGGGCUGGGUGGAGAGACACGCAAAGGGGCUGAGUGGGAAAGACAUGCAAAGGGACUAGGGGGAGAAAGAGGCACACAAAGCAGCUGGGGGGAGAAUUGGGGGUUGUCCAUUUUUAUUUUGGGUGGGAGGUCUUGCCUAAGGCGCAAAAUAGUCUAGUAAUGCCCCUGCAGCCAGAAGAGCAAUUCUUAUUUUUUACUAAAGCCGGUACUGGUUGUGAUUCAGCCAACCUGACCAAACCUGCACCAGUCGGCUGGAUGCAUUCAGUGCUUACUUACAAAUUAAUGCUUUUCGAAUCUUAAUUCUACAUGAAAGUAUAGGAUUAGGACAUUUACAAAGACUUCUUUAAAAGGCACAAACAAAAAUACAGUUUUAAAUCUGGACUAUUUUCACACUGGCAGCACUGGUAGACAAUGGGCAAACAGUUAAAAACCUAGGGGGCAUGAAGGUCAACUAGGCUGCUGCCCCAAUAAAAAGUAAAUAAAAGUAAAAAUAUGACCCUCAUCUAACUAUAGAGAAGCUUAAAACCUGCAAGCCAGCCAAUCAGAGCUCUCUGACAGGCACGUCUUGGAUCUUACAAGAGUAAUUUUAACACGUCAGAACAGUCCCGCAUCAAUAACAAUUCAAAUGAACUUAAGUUGAUAUGGGGUAAAGAAAACACCGAAACCAUUAAUUUGUUUACACAUUUUUUUUUUUUGUGGCCAUUGAAAAUAUGUUUAUAAAAACUUCUCCAUGUGCAAUAUUGGUGUUUUACCUUGUUUUUAAACAAUGAUUUAUUCUUAUUUAGAUUUGCUGUGUCGGCGCUAAACAUGAUUGGUACCUACACUUGCAUUUUCAACUCUACUACAGAAGUGAAAGCAGAAUUUCAUAUAAAAGGUAAGAAAUUGACCACAAGGUCUCAAAUGAAUGUAUGCAUGAAUUCAGGGGAAACUGCAUAAUGAUUAAAUACAGAGUUAAAGAGAUCAAUCAGGUUUAUUAAUUCAACCAUAGGGAAUUGUACAUAUAGCCACAGUUUGUAAUAGGUAAUUUGUGUUGUUUUUUAUUUUUUUUAUUUUUUUGCUAACUUAACUAACUUAAGCCUCAAUAUAAUAGAUAUAAAAUAUAAGCUUCCAAAUGAUUUCAUAGCUUUUGACUUUUUUUUUUAAUUUAAAAUUUCCAAAUAUUAAAAUAUAAAAAUAUAUAUCCUAUAAGAAACAAUAUAUCUAAAUAUAACAACAUUAAAAUAUUUUUCAUACUAUUAAAUAUUUUUAACAGUUAUUCACAAAUAUUAAUUUAAAUAUUAAUUUAUUUGACAUUUGAAGGAUGCAAUUUAAGCUUACACAUAGCAUAUGUCAGUAUCUCUUAUCUGUCUCUCAACCUAAUCUAUCUGCUGAUUUUACAAGCUUCACAGUUCUUAGCUGCUCUCUCUCUAAUCAGGAUUCACUUGUCCACCCCUUUCAUUCCCUUUUUACUAGCUGGUAGAAGCAACUGGUACAUAGCCAGGGUCAGAGAAAGAGGUGGAUGCAGAGGGUGUAGCAGAAAAAGGGAACAUGACAGAGGAUGUUGUUAGAGAGACAAGCAGCAAGAGCAUUUGCACAGUGCACAAAGUCAGCUUUAAGUUAUUUUUUUUUAUAGCCAGCCAUGCGACAAAUUUUGUUCCCCCACAUGCCUCCUUAGUUACCAUUCUUCCUUCCCCCUGCACAUUUUAGAGCAAUAUAUGUUGUGGUAAAAAAGUGUAUGUUUGUGUAUAUAUAUGUAUACAAAAAAUGGCUUGCACUCACGGUCUUAGAUGAAGUUAAAAGUAUUUCUUUAUUGAAGUAGUUCCAUUAAAAAUUGUUGUUUCAGCCCUCAUUCAACAAUCUUGAUCCUGAGGAAAACCCCAAACGAGGGCUGAAACGUCGAUUUAUAUUGAAAGUAAAGGGAGGAAGGCAAUAAUGCAAUUGCAUCAAUGGGGGAGGGUAUAUGCAAAUUACUGAAAGGUCAACAUGGCGUAAAUAUAUGCCAGGCUGUCUGUCCAUUAUUCAGGCAAGCCCACUGAGGGCAGUCCCUGUUUACGUACUGUAGUAGAGCUCCCUGUGCCCUGGCUGAGUACCUACGACAAGGGCCGCUUCCUAGCUGGAACAGAGGGAAAAACUCAGCGCUUUGGCCCCAGUUUCCGUGGCAUGACUGGGGUCCUCCUGGAGCCCCACCAUCCUGGAACAGGAAGGACAGUCACAAGGACUUUCCCUGCCGAAUCCUCCACGAGCUGUAACAAGGUGCUGAGCAGUGAUUAUAGCCCUUCCCCUCUAAGUAACUAGACGACAUAUAGUUUUGGAAGUACAACUGAUUUUAAUGAGAAAACUUGACCUUUCAUGCGCAGACCCCAGCAGGGGGGUCCCCACUGUAUUCAGCACAAGCCCCUCCCAGGAAUCUCUGGGCCUGGGAUAUAAUUUAAUGAAAGAUAUAAUUUAAUUAAAGUUAAUUAUCUCCCAGGAACAGAAGGGCCAAACACACAAAUAUAAAAACAAGUACCCCAAAACAUAAUAAAAACAUAAAUAACCCCACAAAUAAUACAUCUUUAAAUAGCCCUGAUCUGAGAGCACAAGUUCUCCAGAUAGCGCUUAGAUCUGCAUUAAAGUUCUGACCGGCCGCACACGUGGUCCUAUGCCCAAAAUAGUUCCAGGGCAUUUGGUGCUUUUGCUGGUGCUCCACCUGGCUCUUAGGUAGCGUUAUUUACCCUUAGUCUCAGGCACCUUUCCUCCAAAAAGCGUUCUCCUGGCCAAUUUCAAAGUGGUUCAAAACUGCAAACCAGGUUGUCUGGGAACCUGCAUGGCCAGUCUGUCUAUGUCCUGCUGAGGUGACUGGGAACCUACGAAGUCCUCAUGAGGAAAUUAGUUACAUAGCGGUCGCAGCUAAGUACUGCUGAGGACUAUUUGUUGGUUUGGCUCAUGCGAACGGCCGCCAUAGAGCUAGCAUUCGGUUCUAUUCGCAUGAAGGGAAAGUGACGAACCAGGGACACCCAGGGAAAGCUACUAAUGGCGGCUGGGCAGCGUAGCUCCCAAACUGUGUCCCAGACCUGGACCAUAGUCGGUGGGCAGAAGGCCAGCUUCCACACUCCUCCAGAAGUCCGUGGCAAACGUACGUGGGAAGGAGCGUUUGUAACACGUGCGCUCUACAGAGUCCUAGUGCACAAGCUCUUCUAAUGAUGCACUUGGGCUAUACUUGUUCGAGACAGUUCUCUGGUAUCCCAGACCGGGGAUCUAAAUAGGGAUGACAAGACAGAAUCCACAAAUCGGGACAGUCCUGCUGAAAUCAGUAUGGUUGGGAGUCCUGCAAUAAUAUUUGGUAUUUAAAUAGAUUUUGGCAGAAUGCAUUAAAUGUUUCUGUUCUACCUUCUGAAUAUUCUAAAUAUUGUGUACUUAAUAUUCUCUUCUAGUACCUACCGUCAAGAGUGAAAAAAAGCCUCUUGUAAGCUAUAUCGCAGAUUCCAUUGUCAUGAAAUGUGACAGCUCAAUAUAUAAGCCUAAGAAAUGGAUUUGGUAUCAAACUAAUGGAAGUGACCAGGUAUGAUGUAAUAUGAUUUUACUGUUUAAGUUUAGUUUAAUAUAUCUCAUGUACUUCUGUGAUUAAUAUGCAAGUAAAACUUUCCAGGUUUUCAGAAUAUGGCUUGUGGCUUUUGGCUUUGAAUAUGUGUAGCGUGAGAAAGUAGUUACACUGUUUCAUUGGUUGUAUGCUAUGACACCCACACCCACUACAUUGUAGACAAACAUACAUAUGUGCUAACAUCCUUCCUUCUACUAAAAAUUUAUUUUUAAAUAUUGUGUGGUUAGCAUCUGAAACUCUCAAUAAAUAAACAUGUUAGAGAUUUCAUUUUUUUUCACCUGCCAUGCAUAAUUAUUUUUAUUUAGAGUGUAGAGAAUUACUACCUCUGUAUUUGUCUUAAUUCUCUUUUCUAUUCACAAGUAUACAUAUUAUUCCCAUAUUUGUCAGAGUGGAAUAUGCAGCAAAUUUAAAGUGAUAACCAUAGCUUGUCUCCACCAUAUAUUUCAUGCUUGUCUACUUACCCUUUGCAGGUAGUUCCACUUAAAUGAAUAUGCAUUAGCAAAGAGCUAUGGGAGUCUAUACUACCAGGUGCUAUUCUCUGCUACAUAGUAUGCUUGGUGGAGUUAUGUCAUUUUUUUUACAAAAUAUAUAGAUAUCAUAAGUUUGUGUUAAUACAUGUGUCAGACUGAGGCCGUAACUGUUCCGGCUCCGUUCCGGCAUUUCGUGUAUGCGGAGCCGGCCCUGCCCCCUUUCUGACGCGGCUCUCUUAUGCUAUAUAGAGAGACCGCACCAGAUUCAAACCGCUUGGUGAUUCUCGGACCUAUUUCCGCAUUCAAAUGCCGGCUAAGCUCUUCGUUCACAAAGUUACCAAACCUUUGACUAUUAUAAAGGAUUUUGCCUUCUCUGAACCCCUGACCACGGAUUGUAUUGGAGUCUCCUGAAAACCGGACUGUGUAUAUCAUUCAUCCCUUGGAUUCAAGCUAUACAUUCCCAUGGAGGACAACUCCCAUCAAUCUUUUUUAAACUCCCUUCAAAUACGUGCAAUAACAACAAAGGUAUUGUUCCAGACAUUGAUUGACUCGUUCUGUUUGGCCAUUGGUUUGAGGAUGGUAUGCAGAAGAGAGUUUACGUUGGAUUUGAAGUGAGGAACACAUUUCCUUCCAGAAUCGUGAAGUGAAUUGGGUACCUCUGUCUGAGAUUUUUUCUUCAGGAAAUCCAUGUAAUUUGAUUAUAUUGUCUAUGAAGACUUUGGAAAGUUCGGAGGAUGAGGGUAAUUUCUUUAAGGGAAUAAAAUGAGACAUCUUCGUGAAACGGUCUCAGCGACAAGUAUGGUGGUGUAUUUCUGUGAAGGAGGGAGUUCCAUUGUACAAACUUCGUUGGUCAAACACCUGAAUUCCAAGUUCUUGCAACACUGUCCUAGUGUCUGGUUAUCUGUGCUCAGUUUUAAACAAAGGAAGGAAUUCAGUUAAUUUUUCAAAAUGUAAGGACAGUCAAUGCAUGUGGAUUGUGUAGCAACAGUAAAGUAAAGCUAAGGAAAUGUAACAUUUCAGUUUACCCCCUAGCUUCUUUUCCUUUCUUUUUGUAAUCGCAGAGUAAAUUUGGAAGGAAUAUUUUGCCUACCCCUGAUCUAUAGCUUAGCUGCAUCCUUUCCACAUCUCAGUGAUUGUUGAAGUGGGCCAUUAUCUACCCAACAAAACAGUCAAAUAUGUAGUGAUCACUGCAUCACAAAGAUAAAAAUCUUGUACAUGUCAGCUUGUUUUUUGUUUUAUUUCUGUAACCGGAUCAAUUUUGCCCAGCUUCGUCACAAAAUGUUAGAAACAGUCAGACUUGCCAGAAGGGGCAACACUGAGCUACUGAAUUUACAGGGAGUAUAGUGGACCCAACAACGAAAAUAAUGCAGUCACCCAAAAUGCUCCCCCUUUGAGAGGAACUCCCAUCAAUCUUAAGUAUACUAAUUACCCUAAUCUCUGAAGACUUACUUACUAAUGAACUGUUUCUUGCUUGAUAUAACCUGCAGUUAUUCCUAAUGCAUUGUUACUUGCAUGCUAUAAUCUUCAGUUACUAAAAUAUUAUUGCAUUCAUUAAGACUUCGCUCUCUUCACUAACUGCCUGCAUCCACCACUUUGAUUUAAAGCUACAGUAUCCUUAAUAAUUCUCCGCUUUCUUGCUAUUGUAAUUAAGGAGUUCUACAAGCUGCAGUUGAGUUCCAAUUCUAAAACCCCUUGUAGUAUAACAACAUGCUAGCACAAUACAAUCGUAAUUUUUGCAAUCAAGCUAUUUUUAUUCAAAUUAAUUGUCAGAUAUGUCAUAUUAAUUGUCAGAUAAAUGUGUUUAUUCAAUGCUAUUGCAACUCUAUUUUCUUACAGGUACAGCUAAAUCUAUCUUUGAUACCAAUUAAGUACGAGGAUAGCAGUAAGAAGGUCAAUGAAAGUAAACUACAUAUAUCAAACCUUUCAGAAAAAGACAGUGGGAUUUACAUUUGCAAGGCCGUUUUUGCAUUCGGAGAACACGAAGGACAGGUUCAACUGAGCGUUCUCAGUUACACGGUGCCGCUUAAGGUCUUUCUGGCAAUUGCUGCGGAAGUUGUAGUAUUAGUUUCUCUUAUAUUACUGUAUGAGAUGAAAACAAAAAAAAAACAGUCCGAAGAAGGCAAGUUAUAGACAUCUUUUUUGUACUCGAACAUUUACAUUUAAUUAUCACCUCUAUUUCAAUAUUUUUAGAUAAGCUUUUUCAAAUGAUGUAAUAUAAUAAAAAAACAUUUGCACAUAUUUUUUGAAAAAUGUUAAAAUAUCAAAAAUACAUCAUAUAUAAAAAGAUUUAUUUAUAUUUAAAAAAAAUCUCAAACUAGUACAAUACUUUUCAAAAUAUUAAAUAAUUUGAAACGCUUAUACAAAAAUAUGAAAUUGAGGCCUAUGUUAAUGUUCUAUAAGUGUGACAAAUCUGACUAUAAGCAUAGUAAUGGCAUUUAGGAUAAUAUGCUGCAUUAGGAUGGAAAGUCAACCUUUGUUAAACAUUAUAUAUGGUCUGCACUGCAGUUACAUUUGAUUCUGAACUGCAUGCUUAAAUGCAACAUUAAAUAUUAAAUGGUUAGACAAUAUUUAUAUUUAUGUUUAUGUAUAUAUUAAAAAAUAGGUCAGCACUCUUGGGGGCUUUACAAUUAAAAUGUACAUUUUAUGUCAGAGUUGCCUUUUCAGCUUAAAAUUAUAAAUUUUCAUCAGGAUACCUUUAAGCUGAAACCUUGACUAUGAAUUAAAAUAAAGGUUAUUUCUUAUUUGCCAAGCCCCAGAAGUGCUGACAAUCUUUUGGAAUGGUUAACUAAACUGCUGGUUGCUAGCAUGGGGCACAUUUAAUUGACAUCCAGUAGUGCAUGCUUAUUGUGGAAUUUGACUAUAUGUUUAUAUGUGUGUGUGUGUGUGUGAAUGUAUGUAUAUAUAUUCUAGAUUGGAACUGUCAAGAGUCAUUGUAAAUUCAGAUUUUUCUUUUUACUUUAAUAACAGUCUGACAUGUCUGUAUUCUCAUCUUUACAGAUAUUAAACAAGAUGCAGACGAGUCUACUAACCUGUAAGUUACAAUUUUAUAACAACCCAUAUGUCCACUUACACAUAUAUCUAUUUAAUUUGCGUUUCUCUGUUUAUCAUUCCUUCGCAGAAAAUCUGAAGACAGCAAAUCUCUUGAAACAAGCACCACCAGACAACGUAAGGUGUAAUAGUGAAUUUAUUUUUGAAGGUAAUAAUCAUCCUAUCAUAUAAUAAAGAUAAGAUUUUGGGCUAAGGUAACAUCCCCAGGAUGUACUUGAAAACCAGAAUAAUCUGAAUGUACCUUUCCUGGUUAAAUGAUUUGUUGUUAUUAUUAUUAUUAUAGGGAUAGGUUUUUCUCUUUCUUUUGUACUUAUUUUAAUAAAAAUGUAUGUCCUUUCAGAACAUGAUGAAAGGCUUAUUAUAGAACUUUUUUUUUUGAGGUGACAGGAAGGUGUCCUUAAAGUAUCCUAUUCCCAAGUUAAAUGUGCUAUUUGGUUAAUAAUGCUGUUCUAUGGCCUUCAACCACCAGAUUGUGAUGUUGAUUUAUUGAACACAGUGGAAAGAAACCAAAGGUUUAUUAUAAGUAAAUAGCGACAUUUGCAUUCAGCCUAUGAACGUUUCCACGCACAUUGUGUAACAUGGGUUUCUAGACGGAAUGCAUUAAAAAAAAAAGUAAGUCAUAAAUCAUAAAAGUAUUUUGCUCAAUGUGCUUUCUGAAGGAUGUGGUUAUCAGACUGUAGUGAGCGAAAUCAGAUAAGCAAUACAUUGUGUACACUUGGCCUUCUUCAUUCUGCUCCAUCAAACAUUCCAACCACAUACAGGACGGGAUGUACCCUCCUUGCUGCUCUAAGGCCAAUUUCCUCAAUACACCAGAACAGUCCCUUCAAUUAUGCAUGUGUGUUAUAGUAACUUUAUAUUCUGCUUAUAAAUCAUAUAUACAUACAGUACAUAUAAAUAGUAAUAUAAUACACAUAUACUAAUACCUAUACAGUCUCCCACAAUUUAAAAGUAUUUGUUUUUUGUUUUUUUAAUGAAAACAUUGGCAUCUUUGAAGACCCAUGCACAGUUACUGACCCAUGCAGACAAAUACACUCACUGACUCAUGCAGACACAUACAUACAGAAGUGCCAAUGUUUUCAUUAAAAAAAAUAUAUAUAUAUACUUUUAAAUUGUGGGAGACUAUUAUGCAUGUGUACUUGUGUAGUAUAUGUGUAUUAUAUUACUAUUUAUAUAUACUGUACAUAUGUAACACAGAAGUGUUCAGAUGAUGUCAAAUAAUUACUGUAUUUUACACUAGGCAUACAAAUAAACUGUAUUUACUGUUCUGCCUUCUACACCUCAUAUAUGGAAAUCUCCACUGCUUUAAUUUAGUAAAUUAUAUUGAUUUACAUGUAAGAUAUUAAACAAAAACUGUUUUCAAAAAUAGCCAGAAAAAAAGUGGUUAAUUAAGAGUCUAGGGUACAAAAUCCAAGUAUAUUUAAUGCAUUUGAACAAUGCACUUGAAAAAUGUGCAUUGAGCAGUUUUCAAAAAAAAAAAAAAGAAAGGCCAAAUUACCUAAAAUCAUACCCUUUUCUUACCUGCAGAACUUUCAGAACUCAAUUUUGACUCACAUGAGAUUCCUUGUACAUUCUGAGCAGGGACAAAUCCACUGCUGUGUCCAACUGAAUGCAACAGAAGCAUUGUAGACAAAAAUAACAUAUUAUUUACUCAAAUAACAGUUUAAUGAAUAUACUCAAGCACAUUUCAAAACUAUAUAACCAUGCAUGAUAAUAGUUUUGUAAUAAAUACUCUCUAUAUAACAGACAAUCUGCACUCAAGUUUCCCCAUAUAUCAGUACCUUGGUGCUCAUAACUCUGACUUAGGAUGAGCUUUUCAACCAAUUUAUUUUUUGCAUACAUUUUUAAAACUAAUUUUUUUAAACAUAUUAAAAUAUCAUAAGCAUCAUAUAUAAAAAAAAAAAAAAAAAUUUUACUAUUAUAUUUCCUUAUUUGAUUUUGACAUACAAAAUAGAUUAAUGUCCAUAUAUCAAACCAUAUAUCCCUUAGCAUUAUAUACUUUAAAAUAUUUUAUACAAAGUAUCCAUAUUUUCCUUAAUUGAAUUACUAUUGUCUACAUUUUGUAAACAUUAUCAACAGACAUUACAUUAACAAAACAUGAUACAAACACCAAUUCAUUCAAUUAGUCAGAACAGGGAAAAAUUAGUCUGAAUUUAUACAUUCAUACCGGUUAAUUAUGUCAGUUUAGGCCGUUGACUACAAACCUUACAAUUUUUUCAGCCAACUUUCAUAUGUAUAUCUUUUUCUAAAUACAUUUAUGUGGCUGUUUAACAGAUCUUUUUCUAUGCACAGUUCUUGCUUAAUUUGAGUACUAAGAUGGAUUUUUUGGAACGAUAAAGAAGAUCUCCAGUUCCUAGCAAUUAUGAUCUUAGAAGCUAUAAAACAAUGCGAAGCUACACAUAUAUCAUUACUCGUCUUUAAAUUCCAUUUCAAGUGAAGAAGAGCAGUUGCAGGGCACCAGUUUAACUUUAUAUCUGUCAACUCUUGCAAAAAGGUGAAUACCCAGGUCCAUAAAGGUUUGACCAUAGGACAUGACCACUAUGUAUGGAUAAAAGAUCCUGCUGUAAUGAUAUUGAUGUUACAAAGUUUUGGAGUCCAGUAGCCAGAUCAGCAAUGUUUUCUGCCAGAGGUAGCCACUCGUUACCCAGGUGGUUGAGCCCCUGAGCCUUGAGUGGCCUUCUGGUCUUAAGCAGAGAUGGGAGACUGGAACAGAAAGAUGAUAAUCGUAGUGAGGCAAGCCGAGGUCAGUGGGAAGGAGAAGCAGCAAAGUCAAAACAGUCCAAAUUCAGCAACAGGAAGGAGAAACAGGAACACGCUGGAUUAGAGAGUACAGGAACCACAAUAAUCUGGCAAAGGUACAGAGACAGGAAGUGGCUUUUAUAGGCCAAGGACCAGACACCUGACCAGACACAGCUGAAGUGAGUUGUCACUGAUAACCUUGACUCUACAAACAAUAGUAUCAGAUCUCAGGUAAAUUUGCAAAAGGCAGGCUGGUGUACUGGUAAGGAAAAGGUUUAGCACCAUUUAAACCAGGGUUCGAAACCCAGCAGAGUCAGUUCCUCACACCUGCAUAAUUACCACAUCUCCAGCAAUUUGGAUUAUAUUCCUGAUACAUCUUGGAUAGUCUCAUAGGGGUUAAAUACCAUUUAUACAUAACUUUAAAUUGGCAUUCAAUUAACUUUUGACAAUAAAUAUUUUUAUAAAUUUGUGUUAAAGAUAAACACCAUUCUGUGUAGGAUAUCUCCAGUUCCAAGUCUUUUAUGUUAAAUAUUUGUAAUACAUAAUAUUAUUAUUUUUUUUAAAAAACAAUAAAUUGUGUGAAAGGCCUAUCCAAAAUAUUAAAUUGGGACCUAUAUUAGAAGAAUACAAUACUCUGUAUAUUAAAUAACUCUGUGUUGUAGGGAGUAUCAAAAUGGUACUUCCUUGAAGCUGUACAGACAAAGUCCACAGGCUUGAAAGAUUUAUUCUUCCUUACUAUAAUGUUCUCUGCAUGCUUUUAUGUAUUCUUGUGAGAUACUCAACUUGUUACACACAGCAGGCUGCUGGCAAAUGCUGAUGCUCUUUGCUGCCAUUAAAAGAGCUGUUAAAACUUUUAAAUCUUAGUUAAAACAUUCAGUUUAAAUACAUUGUAGUCUCGUUGUUACAUUUUAUAAAUAUUUACUCUCAUUUAUCUUUUCUUAUUCCUGUUAUUCUGUAUUUCAUUUAUUCAUGCAGCUAUGCAGGACCGCAACACUGUAUUACAAGCUGUACUCAAGUCCUUGAAAGAAAUGCUGUCCUUCUUGUAGAUAUAUGUGAAGCAAUAUCGACCCGUCUAUUUUGAGAACCUGAAAACUAGAUGCUGUAAAGAAAACUCCAAAGAGUACAUGGAUACUUAUAUAACAGAUAUAUAAUAUGCUGUGAUAAUCUAUUUAGGUGUGUAGUAAUAAUGUUUAAAUAUAAAUAAUAUGUCUAUAAUAAUACAAAGUAGGACCAAAAUAAAUGUUAACAUUUUAUUAAGUUAAAGGGGCACGUGUGCAUUAGAUAAAUAUAUUCCUGUACAUGAUUUUGCCACAUCAUAAUUUACAAUCUAUCCAACAUAUCUACUUAUCAAGCAACUUAAGUUGAAAAGAGGACCUAGUUAUUAUAAAUGCAGUUAAUAUAUGAUGAAAAUCUAAUAGUAUUAGGUGAGAAGACUUCCCAUCAGAAAAAGUAUCUAGAAUAUCGUAACAGAAAAAAAUAGCACAUAAUAGGAUUUUGUAUAAUGGUAUCAAUCAUAAAUGAACAUAAUUAUGGAUCAUUAUGGGUUCAAUAUCGAGAGGAAUAGAGAACAUAUUAUAUAUCAAAAGUAUCAUUUAUCAACAAUAUCUAAAUUUGGGAAAUUGCCCCACUAGAUUAAAUGAAUGGAGCAAAGAAUAACCCCUCAUUGAGACCUAAGGGUUAAAAUGUCCUAAGUUAAUAGAUCCGUCUUGGUUAUCAAACAAUGGAAUCGCUCCAAUGAAUUAAAUGAAUGGGGCAAAGGAAAACCCCUCAUUGAGACCUAAAGGUUGAAGUGUCCUAAGUCUAUAAAUCCAUCUUGACUCCCUCUGUCUUAGUAAUCGGUCAUAGUCACCACGCCUUGGAUGUCUCUUAACAAGUUCCAACCCACAGAACUUCAAGUUGCUAGGAUCACCCUGAUGAUAUUCUUUGAGAUGUCUUGAAAUAGGUGUCUCAACGCGGUUCUUAGGGGACCUUACAUGUUCCAUGAUUCUUUCUUUAAAAGCCCUAAAUGUCUUGCCCACGUAUUUUUGUCCACAAGAGCAAGACAGUAAAUAAACCAGGUGUCUGGUGAGUUUGAUGUGGAUGCUUUUAUACUGAUACAAUGUCUGCAUAAUAUUUAUUUAAUGCCUCUGCACAUAUAAGGAUAUUGUGCUGAGUGCAUGUGCUGUCAUUUGUAUGUAUGUUAACACAGUUUUAUGUGCGUCCUGUUACAUCACUCUUACUUACUUGGACCUUGCCGAGCACCGGUCCCUGAGACCUCCCACCGCUGAAUUCUAUUGGCAGUCGGCAUUAGGCACAUUCUAUUGGCAAUAGGAUUUGGCACCAGCUAUUUAAAAGGAGAGAGGGGGUAGAUGCACACUGCUUUGCUCGUGCCCUUGAAAAAGGCAAUUUAUAUUGCCAAUACGCGCGUCGGGUUGUGGGUUUCACUUUCUCUACAUACUGUUUUAGUACCAGCUAGAUUUUCUACACGUUGCUCUUUAUUGAGGGGCUCUUUUGCCAGCUGAGUCCUCUCUUUUAAAGCUAUAAUUAGCUGUGAGCAUAUAUUCUCUCUAUACUACUUCCUACUUUAUUUCAAUUAUCCUUAUCUCCCUGUCCUUUCGAUUUACUUAUCUUAUUAAGCUCUGAUUAGGUACUUUAAAAUUAGAUUUUUGUUAUUCAGCUAACUUGAUUGGACUCUGUAGGAUAUUGGUUAUUACUAUUAGUAGUGCGACAAACUUACUUUCCUGUGUGUGUUUGUCCAGGAUCUUUUGGCAACCGCACAGCCCUCUAGGGUAAGAAAACCAGGUCAAGACAAAGUCCAGUUUCAAAAAGGCCUCUGGCCUGUUUAUUUUAUGUUGUUAUGAAGUAACAGGAUACAAUAAACAGCAAACCUUCUUUCUCCACAAAACACUUCCCUCACUUCACCCUGCUUUAACUGCAGUUAUAUAGCUGCUCACAGCCCCUACAGGUGAGGCUAAUGACCUUGUUAGGCAGUGAGCCAGAACUCCUUAGAAAACCUGGGCUGGACUCAUGCACAACCACUCUGACAGUGGGUGGAGAAUCAGCCCACCCUGCUCUUCCGAAUACUCCACCCCAGGGACCCAAAUAACAACAGAGGAAAAAUGCCUACAUUUAAACUUAACUUUCCUUGGGGCUGCAUCUGCUUACCCACAUGUCAGGGUAGUGGCUGUGCAAAAGUCUGGGUGCCAGAUAUACACCCCUGACCACCAUCCCCAACACUCUGUUACAGUAGAUAUAGAGGGAAUAUUUCCCCCCCAUUUGUAGAUAAUUUCAUUUUACUUGAUUUAUGGGGGUUUAAUAUAAUAGCUGAUACUAAGCUGUGACUGCUUGAUAUAUUUUUGGAUCUAUUGUUGCUUCACUAUCUAUAUUGCAACAAUUUUCAAUAUAUCACUCUUUACUAGAAUAAGUUACAUAUUAGGUAUCUUAUUGCAUCUAUUGUAACUUUGUUGCGCUCUGUAUGAGCACAUUAGCUCCAUAUCUUUUACACUCAGUUUAUAUAUUUUAAAGCUAAGCAGUUUAGAGUAUGUAUGUAGAUAGGUUUUGAUGAGUUUUUUUUCACGUUUUUAAUCUCUAAUAAAACUUUAUUAUUUUCUUAUUUCUCUGUGACAUAGUUUUUCUGCAAUCUUACAUUUGUACUGCUCUUAAAGGGGUACUGGUCUUGAUGGAACUAGCCUCCUCUCUAGAUAGAGGAGUAUUUCCCCCUCAUUUCCUUAUUUUUCUUCAUUUCUUGUAUAUUCUAGGGUUAGGCCCUUUAGUACCCCUGUAACCAUUUCCUGUUCUUUUUUGCCAGGUUGCUUCCUGGUUAAGAGUACUGUGUAUAUAUUUAUUCUGUUUUAAUGCUAAAUGUGUGUCUUCCACAGCCUCUACCCUAUGUGCUGCUUGGACUAAUGAGGACAUAAAGGCCUAAGCUUUAAUGUGCGGCUGUGGUUGGCUGAGAGUGUCAGCUGACCACUUUCAGCCUGUUGCAGCUCCCAUUGUUGGUAUAAAUUGGCGUGGUUAAAAGUUACACUUUUUCAAAAUAUUUGAUGGAACAGAUCUCACUCCUCUUCUCCAUACUUCACACAUCUUCAACAAUCUUUCAAUUUUACUAAGUCUGCAAUUCAGUUGCAAUUCCUGAUAUAUUGGACCAGACAAUUUACUGAUUUUAGGAUAUCAAAAUAAGAGAGUAAUCUCUCCUUAAUCCAUCAUUAAUACUAGUGUGAUACACAAAGUUUGCCCCUGUAGUUUUAAGUAUUCAGAUACAAGAAGAAAUAUUGAGACAGUGAUACAUUGACAAAUUGGAAUCAAUACAGCUUAGUGAUGCAGAACUAUGACUUGGCUGUAAUCCCUCGCACUUUGGAGACUCUCAGAUGGCACUGCUUGUGUGUUUAUGGGUAGCUAUCAGUCCUGAAGAAUUUAGUCUGAUAGGUGAUGAGCUAGGACAUCACUAGGUAACAUGUCACAGCUAGGACUGAUAGUGGAAGCUGAUAACGUUAGUAUAAAACAUGCAGGCAGCAAGUUAGUAGCAUGAGUCUCAAAUGGGAAGGGGAAGCUAAACUGAAAGCAAAGGGAGUGACCACCAGUAGAGGGGUCAAGAAAUACACCAUCACUGAUAUAGCUACUAUGGUGUAACAUUUAUAAAAUAUAUUGGCCAAAUAGAUAUUCCGGGUACUAGAGUCUGAAUAUAACUGCUUGCACAGGCAUACAAAAAAUAUAUAUAUACAUUUUUAAUAUAAGAUGGCAUCCUCAAAAAACAGAUAUCCCUUAUUCCAUAUUGCUUGGUGUAAUUCUGAAGUGGAAUAAUAAAAUAUUUGGUAGAUAUUUAGUUCCAAUAAAUUCUCAUCAUAUAUUUUUUUCAAAAGAUGAUGAAAAUUAAUUGGAACUAUAUAUCAUAGAGGUAGAUCUAUACACAUUAGCUUUGCACUGGAUUUUAGGGUAUAGCAUUAGAAAUACGCCUGAAAUUACUUUCAUACAGGCUGAAAAACAAAAAAGAAUAAUACACUGCCACCUUGUGGAGGAAUUUUAAUAUUAAAAAUGUUGCAGUACUGUUUUAUUGUUUAUGUAGCAUGUAAGCUCAUUGAGCAGGGCCCUCAACCCCUCUGUUCCUGUGUGUCCAACUUGUCUGGUUACAACUACAUGUCUGUUUGUCCACCCAUUGUAAAGCGCUGCGGAAUUUGACGGCGCUCUAUAAACAUCAUCAUAAUAAUAAUAAUAAUGUAAGAAAUAUAUUUUCACUACAUCAUUUUAUUCUAUAUAUCUUUAACAUGUAUAGCUUGGAGGAAAGACGAGAUGGGGGGAUAUGAUAGAAACAUUUAAAUACAUAAAGGGAGUCAACACAGUAAAGGAGGAGACUAUAUUUAAAAGAAGAAAAACUACACAACAAGAAGACAGUCUUAACUUAGAGGGGCAAAGGUUUAAAAAUAAUAUCAAGAAGUAUUACUUUACUGAGAGGGUAGUGGAUGCAUGGAAAAGCCUUCUAGCUGAAGUGGUAGAGGUUAACACAGUAAAGGAGUUUAAGCAUGUGUGGGAUAGGCAUAAGGCUAUCCUAACUACAAGAUAAGGCCAGGGACUAAAAAUAAUUUUUAGAAAAUUGGGCAGACUAGAAGGGCUGAAUGGUUCUUAUCUGCUGUCACAUUCUAUGUUAUUAUGUUAUAAAAUGUAAUAAAGCCAUUGUUUAGUGAAGAAAAAUUCUGAAUGGAAUGUCUUUUUUUGUGAUACUUUAAGCUAAUAUUUUAAAUAUUCCCAUUAUUUCAAUUCUCUUG